AUGUCUGACAGAGAGAGCUUGGACGACCAACCGCAAAAGUAUGGGAACUCUGGCAUGGAUGCUGGAGGAGCUGACUUUGAUGCUGUGAGUCGGCAAAAUAGAAUGAAGAUGUAUGUUAUUAGGUUGGAUAGGAGACUCGUGGAUUUGUUGUCGCGUGGUGGCGUCGGCGCAUCCGCGAUGCAAUCCUCUGUGGUGGCUCUUCGAGCUUUCUUCUCGAAGCCCCUUUUCGGGGAUGCAGUUGUCAUUGAGGCAGGUCACGGUGCAGCUAAAUCGCGCAGCACUGGAUCAAUGCACUCAACAAUUAUUUCUUUGACAUAG